AUGAGGAUUUAUUUUAAUUGUAUUAUAUUUUUGAUUUGUACAACAGAAGUUUGCCAUUCAGAAGUAUGCGCGAACGCAGGUGAUGUCUCUCGCUGUCGGAAGAAAACUCUUGCUUUUGAGGCUAUAGCUGACUUACACAAUCAAUUAGACGGUGAUGAUAGUGGCGGAAUUGAUUUCUCAGAGGCUCAAAAUUUUCUAGGAGAAAAGUUAAGUUAUCCCCUUGACCAAUUCAAUCAAAGGGAUCUUAGUCAGGAGGAUGGCAUAAUCAGCCUUCUCGAUCUAUGGGUUGCGUGGCGCAAAAAUCCGGCGCACAACUGGACAGUUUCGGAAACUGUAAAGUGGUUAAUAGAUAUUGUAGAGCUUCCAGAAUACAGCCAAAUUUUCUCCGAUAACAAGGUCGAUGGCGAGAGCAUACCACGGUUUGUUUCCCGUAAUACAAAAUUUCUCAGCGAUGAGUUGGGAAUUAAAAAUUCCCUUCAUCGGAGAAAACUCUCCCUCAAAGCCAUGGACCUCAUUCUCUUCGGACCCCCCAAAAAAAACGCCUCAACUGUUGCCGCAGCCGGAUCCCUACUUGUUCAUCUCACCCGUGAUAUGCCCUUAGUCUCCACCCUGGUUGUUGCGAGUGCAUUUAUCCUCUCACUGGCUGUUCUCAACCAUCACUACACUCUGCGCCUAAGAUAUGUAACCUCAGGGAACCUUGAUAGACUCUCAAAAGCGGAGCAAACACUACACGAAUUGCACCAAGAAUUAGUGGGGUUGAAGGAGGUAGAAUCUACAGCUUCUACUUCCUCAAGUAGUAAUAGACCUGCGAGCAAUCGUACUGUUCAAAUUGAUGAUGCCCUUUUCCAAAGUUCUGACUCUGGUCGCAGUUCAGAACAGAUUCCAUUAAACACAGGGAAGCAUGGUAAAGCUGAGCCUCCAACACGAAAGCCUAGUGAAUCAUCCUUCUUUCCCAGGAGAACGGUCGCUGAUGCGAAUAUAAGCAGUGCUCCCUGGUCUGCAUCCCCAACUCUACCCGGUCAAAACUCAUUCUAUACUGGUGGAUCAGAACGUCUUUCUGGAAUUUCAGUUGCCAAGCCUCCAAUGGAUAGUCCAGCAACAGAAUUAGCUCUUCUCCUCCAAAUGACUCAUGAAUUGGAGUUGAGGCACUACUGGGAAAAACGUUCUGCUGCUGCUAAACAACUCAUGAUCGCGAAAGAAGCUUGUGAUCGGAUGAGGAGAAAGCGGUCUUCUCUUGUUGGAUCUGUCAGACUCAUCCAUUCGGAUAAUUUGGAUGAUGUUGAUACGAAAUUAAAUGCUGCUAGACGUGUCCUUGAAAAUGUUACUGCAGAUAUGCAGGAGCGCAAACACCGUUGGAGCAGAAUUGAAGAUUUAACUGGUCUGAACCUGCAGCAACCCGCCGAUAUCAGUGCACUAAUGACGGCUCUCGGUUACGACAAAUCAAGAUGCCGUUUGGGUGAAGAUAGUAGCAGCACUCUGCGUCUGUUUGACCUCUCUACGGACUUCUCCCUUUUUACUGGGGAUGAUUUUGUUGAAGAGCAACCCAACGGUAUGUGCUUGAGAACGAAUGAGGAAGCCUAUAACCGAACACCCCUUGAUUGGCAAAGCAGAAAUAUGGUUCAAAACCUGUCCAAUAGACUCCACUCUGAAGCGUCAUCACCCCCAGAUACUCCGUUCUCCCAUCCUGACGCAAGAAAUGAGGCAAAUCCACCUAGCCUACUCAUGCAACCGAAUAUUCACCGAAAUUACUCCUUUGUUCGUCCAUUUGCUAACCUCUGGCGCCGUAAAGUCAAAUCUCAUCAUCAACAACCAGGUUGUUUCAGUCCACCCCCUCAGAAUCUUCCCCAAAUCAGACCACAUUUUACCAUAGAUCCUAUACCGAGUGUUAUGAGUUAUGACGGAUAUCAUCGCAAGCCUUCCACAUCUUGA